AUGGGGGCAUUGCUGUGUCCCUUCUCCCAGCUGCUGGCCUUAGCCCAGCUCCGGAGCAGCCUUUCAGCUCGGCCAAAGUUCUGUGUUCGAGAGCCAUCGAAUAACAAGCUUGACUGGCUGAAAAUUGGACUGACCUUGGGCACCACAGCCUUCCUUUGGGUCUAUCUCAUCAAACAACACAACGAAGAUGUUCUAGACUACAAAAGAAGAAAUGGGUUGGAAUAA